CCGUCAGAGUUCACCAGAGUUUGUCUGCUGUGGACGCAGCAGGAGGGACAGGAGUGGACACCAGACCUGGGUCCAAAGACCGAACGUCUGCAGGAACAAAGUCACGGUGGAAAAACAAGAAGAAGUGAGGAAACAGUACCAGAACAAGAACGACGACAAGAACGACGACGACAAGAACGACGACACGAACGACGACUAGAACGACGACAAGAACGACGACAAGAACAACGACAAGAACGACGACGACAAGAACGACAUCAAGAACGACGACGACAAGAACGACGACACGAACGACGACAAGAACGACGACAAGAACAACGACGACAAGAACGACGACGACAAGAACGACGACGACAAGAACGACAUCAAGAACGACAACAAGAACGACAUCAAGAACGACGACGACAAAAACGACGACAACAAGAACGACGACACGAACGACAACAACAAGAACGACGACAAGAAUGGCGACACGAACGACAACAAGAACGACGACAACAACGACGACAAGAACGACGACACGAACGACGACUAGAACGACGACAAGAACGACGACAAGAACAACGACAAGAACGACAUCAAGAACGACAACAAGAACGACGACAAGAACAACGACAAGAACGACAACAAGAACGACGACAAGAACGACAUCAAGAACGACGACGACAAGAACGACGACGACAAGAACGACAUCAAGAACGACAACAAGAACGACGACAAGAACGACGACGACAAGAACGACGACACGAACGACGACUAGAACGACGACAAGAACGACGACAAGAACGACGACGACAAAAACGACGACAACAAGAACGACGACAAGAACGACGACGACAAAAACGACGACAACAAGAACGACGACACGAACGACAACAACAAGAACGACGACAAGAACAACGACGACAAGAACGACGACGACAAGAACGACAUCAAGAACGACGACAAGAACGACGACAACAAGAACGACGACGACAAGAACGACGACGACAAGAACGACAUCAAGAACGACAACAAGAACGACGACAAGAACAACGACAAGAACGACGACAAGAACGACGACGACAAAAACGACGACAACAAGAACGACGACACGAACGACAACAACAAGAACGACGACAAGAACAACGACGACAAGAACGACGACGACAAGAACGACAUCAAGAACGACGACGACAAAAACGACGACAACAAGAACGACGACAAGAACGACGACACGAACGACGACUAGAACGACGACAAGAACGACGACAAGAACAACGACAAGAACGACGACGACAAGAACGACGACGACAAGAACGACGACGACAAGAACGACAUCAAGAACGACGACAAGAACGACGACAACAACGACAACAACAAGAACGACGACAAGAAUGGCGACACGAACGACAACAAGAACGACGACAAGAACGACGACACGAACGACGACUAGAACGACGACAAGAACGACGACAAUGGCGACACGAACGACAACAAGAACGACGACAAGAAUGGCGACACGAACGACAACAAGAACGACAACAACAAGAACGACGACGACAAGAACGACAACAAGAACGACAUCAAGAACGACAACAAGAACGACGACGACAAAAACGACGACAACAAGAACGACAACAACAAGAACAACGACAAGAAUGGCGACACGAACGACAACAACAAGAACGACGACACGAACGACGACAAGAACACACACACACACACACACCUGUGUUCAGGUCCGUCUGGUUUUUCCUGUCCUCACUUCCUUGUCCUCCAUCACUGCUGCUCUGA